AUAUUUUAUAACUAUUUUACACUAUAAUAUAAUCUCAUUCUUUUUAAUAAUAGUGCAAAAAAUAAUAGGAGGGAGUAAAUUAUUAAAACAACAUACGCACUAGAAACAGCCUUUCCCUUAAACCCACGAGUAUGCACAACAAAGCUUCAGAGUAAACAAUGAUGCGAAAUCCAUUUAAUCUUGGAAAAUUAGUUACUUCUCUUUCUUCUUCAUAUUCUUCCACACCCCAUGCCAUUCAACCGCCAAAACCUUUCUUCCCAAAUCGAGAUGCCCAUUUCAUUGAAUCCAUCCAACAUCUCUGCCAACAGAAACGGCUGAAAGACGUGAUUCCAUUGCUAGAAAAUCAAGUUCUCCCCCCUCCCGAGGCUUAUUCAAGAAUCCUGCAACUGUGUAUCGAAAAGAGGGCACUAGAUGAGGGCAAAAGAGUCCACGACCAUAUCACUCGCUCGGGUUCGGGUUUCGUGGCUGGGGUUUUCAUCUCCAACAAGAUUCUCGAGAUGUAUUGCAAAUGCGGGAGUAUGUCGGAUGCCCGCAAGCUGUUUGAUGAAAUGCGUGAGAGGGAUUUGUGUUCUUGGAACACUUUGAUCUCGGGCUACGCGAGAAUGGGCAUGCUAUUAGAAGCGCGGGAGCUGUUCGAUGAAAUGUCUGAUAGAGACAACUUCUCCUGGACGGCCAUGAUCUCCGGUUACGUGAAGCAUAAGCAACCCGCGGAUGCCUUGGAACUGUACAGACUAAUGCAGAGAAAUGAGAAGCUGAUGAUGUGCAAUAAGUUCACCGUUUCUAGCGCUCUCGCGGCCUCGGCUGCCAUGCAGUCGCUGCUCUUGGGGAAAGAGAUUCAUGGGCGUAUAAUCAGAACAGGGUUGGAGUCUGAUGCCGUGGUUUCGAGUGCUCUGUUGGAUGUGUAUGGCAAGUGUGGGAGCCUAAACGAGGCGAGGUACAUUUUUGAUAGAGUACAAGGCAAGGACAUUGUGGUUUGGACAGCAAUGAUUGAUCGAUAUUUUGGAGAUGGGAGGUGGGAAGAUGGCCUUUCUCUGUUUUCUGAUCUCUUGCGUUGUGGGAUUAGCCCUAACGAGUAUACGUUUGCAGGGGUUUUGAACGCGUGCGCUCACCAAACUGCGGAGGAGUUGGGCAGGCAGGUCCACGGGCACAUGAUGCGGAUUGGAUUUGAUCCGUGCUCUUUUGCUGCUAGCGCGCUCGUGCAUAUGUAUGCCAAGUGUGGUAGUGUGGAGAGAGCGGAUAGAGUGUUCAAGUCGCUGCCUAGGCCUGGUUUAGUCUCGUGGACCUCGUUGAUCAAUGGAUAUGCUCAGAAUGGGCAGCCCCAUGAAGCUCUCAAGCUGUUUGAUAUGCUGCUUUGGUCUGGCACUCAGCCUGAUCAUGUUACUUUUGUAGGUGUUCUAUCUGCUUGCACUCAUGCAGGUUUAGUCGAUAAAGGUCUCGAGUAUUUCCACCUGAUAAAGGAGAAACAUGGGCUGCUCCUCACGGCUGACCACUAUGCUUGUGUGGUUGAUCUCUUGAGUCGUGCGGGAAGAUUCAAGGAAGCAGAGGAUAUGAUUCGUGCAAUGCCUAUGAAACCGGACAAGUUUGUGUGGGCUUCUUUGCUUGGUGGGUGCAGGACUCAUGGGAACUACGAAGUUGCAGAGCGAGCUGCUGAGGUCUUGUUUGAGAUUGAACCCGAGAAUGCAGCUACCUACGUCACUCUUGCUAAUAUCUACGCCACUGCAGGGAAGUGGGAGGAGGUGGCGAAGGUGAGACAAGUGAUGGAUGAGAGAGGAGUGGUGAAGAAACCUGGAAUGAGUUGGGUUAGCCUCAACCGGAAGGUGCAUGUGUUCUUGGUUGGAGAUGAAUCCCAUCCGAAAUCAAAUGAGAUAUUCGAGUUCUUGGGUGAGAUGACGAAGAGGAUGAAGGAAGAAGGGUUUGUCCCUCACACGAAUUACGUGCUGCAUGACGUAGAGGAAGAGCAGAAGGAGCAGAAUCUGUCGUACCAUAGCGAGAAACUUGCAGUGGCAUUCGGCAUCAUCAGCACUCCUCCGGGGACUCCCAUCAAGGUUUUCAAGAACUUGAGGACCUGCGUCGACUGCCACACGGCCCUUAAGUUUGUGUCGAGGAUUGCAGAGAGGAAAAUAAUCGUGCGGGACUCGAGUAGGUUCCAUUGUUUCGAGUCGGGGAGCUGUUCUUGCCAUGAUUACUGGUGAUCUUGAGCGCUUUACCAGUUGCUGCAACUCUAUUCUUAUUGUAUUUGUAUAGCGUAGCAGUUUAACACCGAUGCACUUUCAUUUUUCUUCAAUGGCGGGUUGCAUAAGUGAACAUAUUGGAAUUUGAAAUUUGGGAA